AUGUGGAAGUGGCUCAAAGAUAUGGGCUCAGCACAUUCAGCACCUAGACAUGAUCAUAACGGACCUCUCUUUGGAGGUCAUUACCCUGGUGAUUUCUCAAUUAGACGUAACAGGCCAAAUACGAACAAACCCCUCCCGCCACCUCCACCUCCAAAUGAAACAAGAUCAGUAAGAUUCGGUAAUGAUCCACCCGCCUGGGUGUUCUACAGAAACCGACCAGCAGAUGAGAACCUCGCCAAUACGCGGUACUGCUAUUCGCCACCUCCGUCAAAUAGAAGUAAAACUACGCCACCACCAGCUUAUGGGACUUGGGACGAGGGGCCAUUGACUGUAAGGAAUCAAUGA